AUGGCAACUCAGGACGAAAAGGACCCAUUCGCAUUCGAUAUACAGCUCAACACAGAGGAAGAAGGCCGCGAUUUCCACAGGAAAAAUGACGGGCACCAGAUCCAGCGCCCUGAUGUGGUCGAUGAUUGUUGCCGUGGCUUGCUUCUCCAGACCCGCGUGGAUCGUAUAGUCCAUGGGCACGAGAUCAAUGGUUCAAGCCCGGCUACCUUAAUCGUUUUCGGAUUCCGCUUCCACGGCAUUGACGAAUACCGGCGCUUCAAACAGGCCACGGUCACCAUCAACUUUCAAGAUGAGAAGAAGCGGUCCGGGAACGACCCAGAGGUUGUCGCGCUCUGGCCCAACGGCGAUUUCACUCUCGGCGAGCCAACAGAGGUCGAGGUUGAGGAGACUAGCGGAGGCGAGGCUGGCGCCAGCGUGACGGCGGGGAGCGGUAUUCAAGGGGGCGGCCACCUCACACGGAAAUGGGAGCGAAAGCUCAACCACAAGAGGACGGACCGAUCGACCUUGACGGGAUCUAUUAUCCUUGACAUGAGCGUUCGCGAUUAUGGGCCAAACAACGCAGUUCGCCUGACUAUCCGCGAGAACAAAACUGCGGCGUCGGGCAUUGUCAUCGAUUUCCGGGCCGCAUUACUGCUGCGACGCCAAAAUUACGACAGUUUCCUGGGUACGGUCAAGCUGGAGGCCAAGGCACACUUUUCCUACAAUGCCUUGAAGGGAUUGCGGGACAUCCUUGGUCUUUCGCCUGCCAACGACCCCGUCAUCUUCAAACCAGGUGUGCAGUAUUUGCGGCCACCAACGCAGGCCGCUUUCUUGGAGACCAAGCUAGCCAAGGAAAUUGACGACGCAAAUCUAAAUGCUGACGCCCUCGAGGGCUUGGCUGGGGUAUUGGGAACGACGGUUCUCGCGAUUUCCAACUAG